AUGUUUGAUUGUGGGGCAUUGGAUAUUGAGGGAUUAGGGGCUUUCUAUACUUGGACGAAUGGGCAGAACUGGAACCACUUGGUUCGUGAAAAGCUUGACCGUGUUAUUUGCUCUGUGGGAUGGGUGGCACAAUUCUUUAAAACCGGCUCCAAGAACUACCCUAUUCGUCACUCUGACAACUCAGCCAUUGUGUUGAAUACUAUGAUGGAUAGUGCUCAAAUAAAGGCACCUUUUCGGUACCUCGAUACUUGGAAUAUGGACGAAAAUCGCCAUAAGGUUAUCCAUGAGGCUUGGCAACAGAUAUUCCGUGGCUAUCAUAGUUUCGUGCUAUGCUCUAAACUCCGUUGUACAGUUGCGGCACUGAGUAAAUGGAACAAAGAAUGCUUUGGGAUAUGUAGGAAAAAAUUGGAUCACUUGGAGUCUCUGUUAACCGAGGUCCAAAAUUGGACCCCAUCCCUGGAAAAUACCCAGCUUGAAAGCGCUCUUCUUCUGGAAAUUGAUGAAAUUGAGGCUCGGCAAGAGGCCAUAUGGAAGCAAAAGUCCCGCGAAUUGUGGCUCAAAGAAGGGGAUCGUAAUUCCCGGUUUUUCCAUGCCUCCAUCAUUGUUAGAAGAAAAAAGAAUUUUAUUUGGGCCGUUUCUGAGGAUGGAAACCAUUGGCUGGAGGACAGGGAUCUUGUGGUGGACUACUUCAGAUCAAAGUUCAUUGAAUCAUACUCCUCUUUGGAUCCCGUUUUGAGUGAUGAAUUAUUCACUAUGAACUCCCCAUAA